CGUAAUUGUGGAUGACUAUUCUCGUUUUACUUGGGUAUUGUUUCUAGCUAGCAAAAGUGAAGCUUUUCAAAAUUAUGAGUCUCUAACUAGGAAAUUGGAAAAUGAAAAGCAAUCUAAGGUUGCUAGCAUUAGAAGUGAUCAUGGUGGAGAAUUUAUCUCAGAAGAGUUUGAACUCUUCUGCAAUAAGCUAGGAAUAAGUCACAAUUUUUCUGCUCCUCGAACUCCGCAACAAAAUGGAGUGGUGGAAAGGAAAAAUCGGACUUUGAUUGACAUAGCUCGAACAAUGUUACAUGACUAUGGUUUGCCUAAGUACUUCUGGGCUGAAGCCUUAAAUACUGCAUGCUAUAUUACUAAUCGAGCUUUGAUCAUAUCUGGAAUUAAGAAGACUCCUUAUGAGAUUUGGAGAGGAAGAAAACCCAAUCUGAGUUACUUCCAUCCCUUUGGUUGCAAGUGCUUUGCAUUAAACACCAAAGAUCAUCUUGUGAAGUUUGAUGCCAAGUCAGAUGAAUGUGUGUUUUUAGGAUAUUCGAUGACUAGCAGAGCAUAUAGAAUAUUCAACAAAAGGACUUUCAAAGUGGAAGAGUCCAUAAAUGUGAUAUUUGAUGAAUCUGCUAAUGAGUGUUCAGAUGAGAUAGAUGAAGAUGAUUUUGGACUUGGUGGGAGCUAUGAUCUACCAAGGACAUCAAACACGGAGAAAUCUGAACCCAGAACGAUCAUAUCUGAAGAUCAAGAUAAAGCAGUAAGUACCACUAACUCUCCGAUCGAGGAAGACCAUGAUGUAAGGCAACCUCCUCCACAUAUUGCUAAACGUCAUCCUUCUUCCCUUAUGAUAGGAGGGCUAAAUGAAGGUAUGGUCACUCGCUCUAAAAACUCUAUUGUGCAUACUGCUUUUGUGUCAUUGGUUGAACCUAAAAACGUGUUAGAUGCCUUGAAUGAUGAAAACUGGAAUGCUGCUAUGAAUGAAGAAAUGGUUCAGUUUGAAUGAGCUAAUGUGUGGGAGUUGGUACCCAGACCACCUAAUAGAGUUAUUAUCGGGACUAAGUGGAUUUAUAAGAUCAAGUCUAAUGAAAAUGGGGUAGCAACUAGAAACAGGGCUAGGUUAGUGGCUAAAGGGUAUAAUCAAGAAGAGGGAAUAGAUUUCGAUGAAACCUUUGCCCCGGUUUCCAUAUUAAAAGCUAUUAGAAUGU